CAUUUCUCUUGUUCUGCGAGUUGUGAGUGUUGUAACCAAUGUUAAAUUUUCUGGUUAAAACUUAAAACUUAUAUUUCGGUUGAUAAUUUAUAAAAAAAUAUACUAAUAGAAUUGAUUUACUACUAGUUAAGUAGUUAAUUUAUUAACUGUUUUAUUAAUUAUCUAUUCUAUCUAUUCAGAUAUCCUAAAAGAAAUUAAAAACGUGAUUCUUUAGUAUGGCGUCUACAUCGAGGGAUUCUCAAGAAGUCAUUGCUAAAAAGACAUGGGAAUUGGAAAACAAUGUACAAACUGUCAAUACAGUCGAUGACAUAUUCAAAUAUGACAAACAACAACAACAAGAUAUUUUGACUGCCAAGCCUUGGGAGAAAGAUCCACAUUAUUUUAAAGAUAUUAAAAUAUCUGCAUUAGCACUAUUAAAAAUGGUUAUGCAUGCUCGAUCUGGCGGUAUUUUGGAAAUAAUGGGUCUAUUACUUGGCAAAGUAGAAGGUAAUACAAUGAUCGUCAUGGAUUCUUUUGCUUUACCUGUUGAAGGAACAGAAACCAGAGUCAAUGCUCAAGCUCAAGCCUAUGAAUACAUGACAGCAUAUAUUGAAUCUGCUAAAGUAGUUGGACGUCAAGAAAAUGCAAUUGGAUGGUAUCAUAGCCACCCUGGCUAUGGCUGCUGGUUAUCUGGUAUUGAUGUUUCAACUCAAAUGUUAAAUCAAAAUUUCCAAGAACCUUUUGUAGCAAUUGUAAUUGAUCCAGUUAGAACAAUUUCUGCUGGUAAAGUUUGUUUGGGAGCAUUCCGUACCUAUCCUAAGGGUUAUAAGCCAGCAAAUGAAGAACCAUCUGAGUAUCAAACUAUUCCAUUAAAUAAAAUUGAAGACUUUGGAGUACACUGUAAACAAUACUAUUCAUUAGAAGUAAAUUAUUUCAAAUCUUCUCUGGAUAGACGUUUAUUGGAUUCAUUGUGGAAUAAAUAUUGGGUGAACACUUUAAGUUCUUCCAGUUUAAUAACCAAUGCUGAUUACUUAACUGGUCAAAUAAAUGAUCUUUCCGAUAAACUAGAACAAGCUGACACUUCUCUGAGUCGUACAUUUUUCGAGCCUGUUGACCGUACUAAAACAGAAAAUAAAUUGGUAAAAGCUACUAAGGAUAGUAAUAAAGCAACAAUCGAAAUAUUGUGUGGAUUAAUGUCUCAAACAAUUAAAGAAGCUCUGUUUAAUAGUUGUACACCAAAGAAUAAUCAGCAAUAAAUAACAAAUUUGUAUUAUAAUUUCUAAGUAAAUAAUUAAGAUUCUCGACAUAACUUAUUAUAAUACGUACAUUUUUUAAAUAAAUUAUAUAUGUAAAAUAAUAAAUGUAUGUUAGUUAAUUUUUUCAUAAAACUAUUUUAAUAUUAGCAGUUAUUAAGUAAAAUCAUUAAAUAAGUGUUUUGACAUCUAUAUUAUAUUAAAAAAUAUAGCAUAAAUAACAUAAUUUUUAUAAAAUGUAAAUUAUAUUAUGAUUUAUAAUUUGAUAGUGCUUAUUUUAUCUUCAAAAAGUUAAAAAUAUAAUUUCUACUCUUUCAUUGUAAGUAUUUUUUAAAUUAUCCAUUGAUGUUUAAUAUUGUAAAUACUAAAUAUGUAUCAUGGCAAAUUGUUAUUUAGGUUCAUAAUGGUAAAGACUAAAGAAUAAUCCUUAAUUUAAGAAUAUUUUAUCAUUAUAUUGUAUAUUAUUUAUUUAAUUAUAUUAGAUUUACUUUAGGGAUCAUUGUGCAAGAAAAAACAAAAUCUUAAUGCAGGGUUUAUAGUUGCAUAUAAGAUACUCAACAAAUAUUUUUUACAACUGACAUUUUUAUUCUAUGAGUAUAUUGGUCUUACAAUAAAAUGUUUUUUGUCGUCAAUCAUUA